CAGUUUACUGAAACAAUGGACAUCAUUCCAACCACAGAACCACAGGAAAUACAGUUUGAAAUUAAACCACAACAACCAGAAACCAUGGUUACUGAAACCUCGGAUAUAUCUGAGGUCAUCGUGGAGACUGAAGUUGAGGCUCCAGAAGAAGAUGUGAUUGUGACUGAAAGAGAGGUCAUUUCUGUCACUGAAAUUCCUGUUGAGUCUGAAGAAAUAACAGAAUCUUCUCCUCCAGAGACCGUGACAAUUGAGGUAGAAAGAGAGGUCAUUGAGGCAAAGCCAGAGGUCAAAUCUACCCAGGUCACCACAGAGGUCAAAGAGGUCACUGAUACACCAAUAACCGAUGAGGUUACUGCUGUCAGAACAGAAACAGAAGAGUUGGCAUUGGAUAUUACCGAAGCCAUUGUAGAAACUGUAGGCAUUGAACAGGAGAAACCAACAAAGGUUUCUGAAGAAACUGAGGAAACUCUGACCGUAGAAAUUACAGAAUCUGAGGAGGUUGAAGUCACUCAGGUUGUGUCUGAAAUUCUCAUUGAAACUGAUGAGAUCGCUGAUGUUGAUGAAGAGAAAAUUACAGAUGUGACAGAAAUCUUUGAGGAAACACUGUCCACUGAUGUUGAUGAUGUUGUCCCUGUAGAAACAGAACAACCAAAAGUCGAGGUGGUAGAGGAAACACGCGAAACUAUCAAACUUGAUGACACCAAGCCAACAGAUGUAGAUGAACAAGUGGAAGAUCAGACACUUGAACAACUAGAAGACAUACCUCAGGACAAAACCGAUAUUUCUACUGAAGAAAUGACAGAAAUUACAAGUGAAUCUGUCACAGCCAUAGCACGUAAACCCACUGAAGUGUCUGAGGUUGAUAUUCAGGCACAGGAAUCUGACAUAGAGGAAAUUCAACAUGAAACAGAGGCUGAAAAACCAUCUGAAGAAACCCUCGAAGAAACAAGAGAAACUAUUGUCCUGGAUGAGAAGGAGCCUACAGCUGUUUCUGAAACUGAAGCUGUGGUUUCUGAGGAGGUUCCCUCUGACUUAAAUAUAGAAAUGGAAAUCCAGACGCCCACAGAGGAAGUCACAGAAGUGAUCAGAGAAACCAUUGAAGUUCUGGAAGAAAAACCAUCUGAAGUUGGACAGCUUGAACAAGACCAAGAAACACCAGAUGUUCAAGAAAUAUCAGAAAUUCAAAUCAACACUACAGAUUCUAAACCUACUGAAUUUUCCGAGGAAACUAUCGUUAUUGACAUAAAAAAGCCCAGCAGAACCGAAAUUACAGAAGUUUCCCUUCAGUCAGAAGAGACACUGAAUGAAUUUCCAGAAGUUGAAACGGAAAAACCUAAGGAGGAAACAGCAACAGAGUUGAGACAAACUAUCUCGGUAGAGGAGAGUCCGCAAUCAGAAGUAACCAGGCUUGAAAUUGACGUAGAGAAAGCACCAACUGAUGAUAUCACAGAGAUUGAGGCAGUCACGCCAUUUAUAGAUACACAGGAAGAGGUAGCUGCAACAGUUUCUGUUGAAGAAUCUAAACCUGCAGAAACACCCGUUGCUGAAACAGAAGAUGAAAUUGAAGAAGUUGAGGAGGUUCCUGAGGAUUUGGCUGAGCAAGCAAAUGAGGAAGAAACAAUUGAGGAAAUCAAGGAAACAAUUGUUUUAGACAAAAAACCAGAAGCUGAAACUACUGAGGAAUUUACUAUUGUAGAUCAAGAGAAAGCUCAGAAGCAGGUCAGCUUCGAUCUGGAUAAAUCUGAGGAAUAUAUCACAGAAUCCUAUGAGGAGCUAGUUAUCAGGGAGGAUGAGGAUGUUUCAAUGGUUGAGGAAAAGGAUGAAAAGAAGGAUGUGGAAUCCUCAGAGAUAAUUGUCGAAACCGUCCAAAAAUAUGCAGAAGAGUUCACCAAAGACCUUCUGGAAACAGUUUUAGUCAACGAAGUUGUAUCUACCCAAAUCAGUGAUGUGGAUGUACCUGAAACUACUAAGGAGGAAACGGUAGAAACUGUAGACUUGUCAGAAGUCACUGAGGAGGAACUCCAGCAGCCAGAGAAAGAAGUCUCUGCAAUGUCCUUGGAUAUUGAUGUGGAUCAACCUACCGAGGAUGUUGUUGAAGAGGUAACACAGAUGGUAGUCAUAGAGGAAGUUAAACCAUCAGAAACUGACACUGAGAUGGAUGUUACAAUAACAGAGGAUAUAGAAGAAUUUGAGGUCCAACUGGAUAAAGGCAUUCCAGAAAAGAUAGAGGAGGAUGUUUCUGAAACUGUUACCGUUGACGUCACCAAAACUACAGAUGUCGACAUGUCAGAAGAGCAUAUUUCUGAGGAGGAGGCUCCAGAAAUGAAACCUCUAGAACAGGAACAAACCUUAGAAUCUGAAGUUCCGCUAGAAGUGACUGAAGUUAUUGUGGACGACAAAAAACCUUCAGAAGCACAGCCAGAGUCGGAUGAAAUUACUCAGGAGACCGUCACUGAAAUUGACGUGAAACUGGAAACUCAAAAACCCACUGAGGAAAUAGUUACUGAGGUUGUAAAGUCUCCCAUCACUGAAGAAAAGAAACCAGCUGAUGUGGACACACAGGAGGAUGUUGUUCCAGCUGAAGAGGUUGUAGAAACAACUGUGGAUACCGAAGAAGAAACACCUUCAGAGAGUGUCACACCUGCUGUUACUGAAGUGUCUUCUGUCACAGACAAGCUGGUUUCUGAAACUGAAAUCACUGAAUCUGAAAUUCCUGUGGAAGAGGUGUCAGAAAAGAAACCAGAAUUUGAAAUGGAGGAAACAACUGAGCAGGACGUUUCUGACAUGACUGAGGUAGCCGUCAAAUUGGAAUCAAAAUCAUUUGAGGUAGUGCCACAAGAAGAAGACAUUCCAAUGGAGGAGACACCAGAAUCGCUCACUGUUGUGGCCUCAGACAGCUCUGUAGAGGAGGUGGUGACAUUUGUUACUGAACAAGUCUCAGUGGAGGACACCACAAAAUCCGAGGUAGAAGCAACAGAUGAAUUCUUGGUGGAUGAGGAUGUCAAAUAUCUAACCGAGGAAAGAGAAACUGAAAAACCAAAAGAGGAGGUAAUUACAGAGAUCAAAGAAAUUGUCACAAUUGAAGAAGAGAAACCGUCUGUUGUUGAAAGUGAGGUGGAUUUAGUCACUGAAGAACAAACCGAGGAAGAAAGAGAAGUGGUUCCUGAAACAUUACCCGAAGAUCUUAUUGAAGAGGUAACUGUCUUCCCAGCUGUCACGGAAACUAAACCUUCAGUGAUCAGUGAAGAAGAAACUAGUGUUACCGAGGAAUCAGUAAUGGACCAACCUGAUAUCACAGGGGAGACAACUGUGGAGGUAGAAGUUUCCAAAGAUACCGAAGUUGUAUCUGCUGAGGAAACCAUUCCAUCAGAGGUUUCUGAAGCUGAGGACACAGUUGAUGAAGAACUUCCUAUAGAACAACCAGAAGUUCAAAUGGAAAAACCAUCACAAGAGGAAGAAUCUAAAGUAUCAGUUGUCACUUUUGCUGAAGAUGUUAUUCCGACAGAGGUUUCUGAAAUUGAACAUGUUAUCACAGAAGAAAUUUCUGAAGACCAGCUAGAAAUUGAGACCGAACAACCUAUUGAAGAAACUGUAUCGGAGAUCACCGAAAAACCUGAUGUUGAAGACACAGAGGUGUCAAUAACAGAAGAAUUGGAGGUAGUUCCUCUUGAAACUGAGACCCAACUUGAAGAUAUUGCACAGAAAUUUGCUAACGAAAUAAUCACAGAAGCAUCUAAGGUGGUUGCAAGCCAGGCAGCUGAACCCACAGAAGUUGAUGUCACAGAGCAUCUCCAGCCAGAACAAGUGGCAGAGGAAGAAGUUUCUGUAGAAAUUGAAAAACCCACUGAGACAGAAGAGAGUGAUGUGACAGCUGAUGUUUGUAUUGAGGACCAAAAACCAUCUGAAGUAUCACCGGAUCUUGAGAUGUCUGAGGAUAUACCUGUGGAAGAAGUGAUUUCUGAGGCUCCCGUUUCAAUCACGGAGACACUUACAGAGGAAAUCACCCAAACAACUUCCACGGAUAUUGUCCCAUCUGAGGAAACGCCCGAGGAAACUUCUGAGGACAUCCCACAAGAAUCUUUGGAAGAAACAAAACAACCAGCGGAGACUGUGCAGAAAACCAUAGAGGUCACUCAAAAAGAGGUCGUUACCAUGGGAUUAGAGGUCAGCGAAAAGGUCAUUGAAACCAAAGCUGUAGAAGAGUUAUCUACUGUUGAAAUACAAGUUAAGGCUGAAACACAAGAAACUGUUGCACAAGCUGUGAUAACAGAGGAAAGCCAAGCCCCUAAAGUUGAAGAGGGGGUUAUGGAAGCUCCCCGUUUCAUACAGACCCUCCAGCGGCAAGUCAAUGUACUCGAAGGCUCCACGGUUACGGUUGAGUGUGUAGUGACUGGCACGCCCACUCCCGAGGUCGUGUGGUUCCAGGAUGAUGAAGAACUUCAACCUGAUGCCCACUACGUGACAGAGUACCACACCGGAGUGUGUCGUCUUACCGUACUAGAUAUAUACCUGGACGAUGAAGCCAUAUACAAAUGUGAGGCGACCAACCAGCAUGGCGUUGCCACUACAACUAUUGAGAUUUUCGUGGAAAAAAUGACCCCUCAAGUCGACGAGGAGGAGAAGGUCAUUCCCGUUACCGAGGAGACUGUAGAAACAGUGGAGGGUCUAACUAUUAUCCAGGAGAAGAUGGCUCCAGAAACAACGGAAGCCACCUCCCUGGAGAUCACCGUGGAUGGCACAAGUCCCACGGAGACGGAGGAAGUUUCUUUCGAGUUUGUGACACGGGAGAAGGUGGAGGCCACUCCCGAAGAAGUCACAACAGAGUCUUUAGUAGCCCUUCCUGAACAGCAGGAAGUUCCUCUGACGGCGGCAGUUCAGGAAGUCUCUGAGGUAGUCCCCACAGAGGUGAAAAUGGAGAUCGAAUUGGAGACCACGCCAGAGGAGGCUAAGCCUGAGGAGGUUACCGUCAAGGAACUGCCUCUGCCCAAAGAGGAAGUUCCUGUCGUGGAGACAGCACCAGAUGUGGUGGAGGAAGUCAUUGAGGAAGAGGCUGCACCUACCAAACCCACAGGGGAAGCACCGCGAUUCACGACCGAGUUGAGCAAUAUAACUGUUACCGAGAGCACAUCGGUCAAAUUUAUCUGUGUUGUUAUCGGCAGUCCAAGGCCAAAGGUUACAUGGCACUUGGACGGUGAGGUAAUUGAGGACUCGGAAACCUACAUAACCGAGUACCAAGAAGAUGGCACCUGCACCCUUACAAUUGAUGAAACCUUCAAAGAGGAUGAAGGUGAAUACAGCUGCCAGGCAGUGAAUGACUUUGGCACUGCCACAACGAUCGCUGAACUGAAACUUACAGCACCAGAAGAAAAGCUAGAAGAAUCCGUGGCGGAGGUGACCAUCGAGCAGGUGACGAAGAUUGAAGAAACCAAAGAAGAAAUUGAAGCAGAACUUACCAUUGAACAGGUUUUGUCAGAGAAGGAAAAACUUGUGACUGCAGAAGAAGAAAAAGAUGCAGUAUCUGAAGAAGAGAGGUCUCCUGCACCUGAUGAGGUUGAGAAACCCAAAUCCCCAGAACUUGUUACUGCUGAAAUAGUUGAUGAACGUACUGCCCCAGAAAUUGUCAAGCAACUUGUUGACGUCAUGUCCAAGGAUGGCGGCAGUGCAUGCUUCGAGUGCGUCGUUGAAGGCCUACCUCGCCCAGAGGUCAAAUGGUACAAAGAUGAAGAAGAACUGACAACUUGUGAAGAAUUCACUAUUUCUUACGAAGAAAACACCACCACUUUAAUGAUUCCUGAUGUUUAUGUGGAGGACGGUGGAAAAUAUACUGUUGUGGCCAAGAAUGAACUUGGAACUGCCAUGACUACAGCAGAGCUCAUUGUGGAAGCUCCAGCUGAAGAGAUUAUCACAGGCAUUCCUCCCUACUUUGACAAGAAACCCAAGUUCCAGAACGUGGAAUCUGGGUCAGAUGUCCACUUUGAUGCUGUGGUCAGAGCUUUACCACAACCAGAGAUUAUGUGGACAAGAGAGGGAGUUGCCAUUAGCACGUCAGACAAAUAUACUGUGGAGACAAAACCUAAUACGGAGGAAAAUACCUACUGCACCAGUCUGACUCUCAACCAGGUCACAUUAGCUGAUGCUGGAACAUACAAAAUCUCAGCUUCAAACGAAGAAGGAGAUGCUAACGUUUCUGUCUCGCUACUUGUCAGAGAUGAAGGACCCAAGCAGACAGAUUUCCGUGAUAGUCUCAAAAAAGAUGUGACUUUGGAACAAAAGGAAGUCAAAAAAGUAGAACAAGUGGACUUACGUGAUGUUCUACAUGAGGUUGAACUGAUCGCACCAACAUUUGAAACCAAUAUUGAGAGUGUGGUCGCUAAAGAAGGCGAACCGGCCAAAUUUUUCGUCAAAGUCACAGGAAAACCGACCCCCACUAUUUCGUGGCACCAUGACGACCAAGUACUCACCACAGACGAGAUCUACAAAGUCACAGAGGGUGAGGAAGGGGAGAGCACUCUGGCAUUGUCAGAGGUCUUCCCAGAGGACACUGGCAAGUACACAGUUAAGGCUGUAAACGAAGCAGGUGAAGCUGUUGCCACAGCAACACUCACAGUAACAGAGGAAAUCAUUCAAGAGGACACUUUAUCAACUACAGAGGUUAUCCAGCAGGAAGUUCAGGAAACCGUUGAAUCGGAACAAGUAGUUUCUGUCCAGGAGACUAUCGAGACCUCCGAAGUCAUCAAGACAGAAGUGGAUGUCUCCGCUGAUGUUGUCGUAGAGGAAGAGGUCACAGAGAUCGAAAAGGUUGAUCAUAUGGUUGCCCCGGAGGUUACUCUCGAGAUCAGUAACGCCGUUGCAAAGGAAGGUGAGCGUGUUCAGUUCAUGGCCAAGGCGUCCGGUUCACCUGCCCCGACCCUCCAAUGGUACUACGGCACAGAAGCAAUCAAUACUGAUGAGAUUUACAAAGUUACCGAGACUAAGGAAGGGGAGAGCACCCUGGAGCUGGCAGAAGUCUUUCCAGAGGAUGCUGGCGAAUAUACAAUCAAGGCUGUUAAUGGAGCAGGAGAAGCCGCCGCUACGACAACACUUAAUGUCAUUGAAUUUUCAGAGGAACAAGCUGAUACAGAAGCUGAAGCCAUAGUGGAACUGACAUCAGAAGAGGUCAAGACUGUGGAGUCUGUUGAAGUAGAAGUCACAAUUCCAAGGUUUAUGAGAGAAUUAUCAGACCAGGAGGUUACAGAGGGUGACACUGUCACCUUCAUUGUGGAGGUUCUUGGCAGCCCCUUUCCAGAAAUCUCAUGGUUCAAGGAUGGCGUUGAAAUUACCCCAGAUGACCACUUCCAGAUGGAAGUGCGUGGAAACUUUGCCUCACUUAUCGUCAAGGAUGUUGUAACCAAUGAUGAUGCUGAAUAUGUUGUCAAGGCAACCAACCAAGCUGGAACUGCCUCCAGUACAGGAGAGCUCUUUGUCAAUCCUUCAGGAGAAGCACCAACAUUUGUAGUCAGACUGGAAGAUCAGACCAUCGAACUUGGCUCUCCCAUCAAAUUGGAAUGCCAGGUCAAAGGUCAUCCAAAACCAAAAGUCACUUGGUUAAAGGAUGGAGAGGAAAUCACCGAUGAACGAUAUACAAUUGAUUUUACCGAAGAGACAGCAACUCUUCAGAUUGCAGCCAGCGAGCCAGAGGAUGAGGGAGACUACUCUGUAAAGGCAGUUAAUGACCGUGGUGCCGCCACCUGCAAUGCUGAAGUCCUUGUUAAUCUGGAAGCACCAAAAUUCACCAAGCCCUUAUCAAAUGUGUCAGUUGACAUUGACCAUGUGGCUCUGCUUGAGUGUACUGUUACAGGAAAACCUGUUCCAAAAGUCACCUGGUUAGCUGAUCAAACAGUUAUCGAAGAAAGUGUCAAAUAUCACACCAGUUUCCAUGACGGUGUUGCAACCUUGGAGAUAACCUCUAUCACUGAAGAAGAUGGAGAUGUUGUAUAUACAUGCAAGGCAGAGAAUAUUGCCGGAGACACCAGCUGCAGUGCCCAACUGACUGUACAAGGAGCCAAGAAAGUUGAAACAGUUGAGGAAACUGCUGUUAUUGAACCUGAAAAAGGACAAGCUCCAGAAUUUGUCCUCAAGAUAAAAACACAGACAAUUACAGAAGGUGAGACAGUGGACUUCAGCUGCGAAGUGAUAGGGGAACCAAAACCCGAAUUGCACUGGCUGUGUAAUGGUCAUGAGCUCACAGAGGAGGGCAAAUACAUGGUGUUCGAGGAUGAAAAACUUCACCAUCUUGAGGUUUACGACAUCACACCUGAGGAUGCAGGGACAUAUGCUGUCGAGGCAGAAAACAAAUUUGGCAAAGUUACGUGUACAGCCGAACUUCAAGUCACAGCCAAACCAGUAGAAGAAGUGAAGGAGCUUGAAGCACCCAAAUUUGUGGUCGAAAUUCAGACAGUCGAAACCACUGUUGGAGAGAAAGCAACAUUCACUUGUCGUGCUACUGGUAAACCCACACCUGAGAUCUUGUGGUACAAAAAUGAUAAGGAAAUCACAAAGACUGACAACAGAUUUACAAUUCAGUAUGGUGAAGACUGUGAAUCUUCACUUCUGAUUGUGGAUGUUCUUCCAGAGCAUGAUGGGACUUACACAGCUGAGGCCAAGAACGAAGCUGGCACCGCCAAAUGUAAAGCGGAACUCUUCGUCGAAGAGCCGAAGGAUGAGAAAUUGUCCCCUCCUGAGUUCAUCAAGGUUCCAGAAAAGGUUGUUGCUAGGGAACAUGAGCGUGCUCAGUUCCUGGUCAAGGUUGUUGGAAUGCCAAAACCUACAGUUGCCUGGAAGAAGGACAAAAUUCUUGAGGACAAAGAUUUGUACGAUUUUGAGAAAUAUGAAGACACUUAUUGUUUUGAGAUCAAAGACACUGAUACAAUUGAUGCUGGUGUGUACACCUGUAUCGCCACUAACGAAGCUGGAGAAGCUACCUGUGAAAUCCCUCUUGAAGUCACAGAAGUUGCUCGUGACAAGCGUCUGACCGAGUCACCACUGGUUCUUCGACACCAAGACGAGUCCAAGGCACCAGAAUUUACAGAGGUCUUCGAAGAGUGUACUGUAAUGGAGGAGAGACCUUUGACCUUGAUCGCCAAGGUCGUUGGACUACCUCGUCCAGAGGUUGCAUGGUUCAACAAUGGUAAAGCCUUAAUGAAUACCCCAGCUGUCAGUAUCUCAUAUGAUGACGAAACGACCACGCUGUUGAUAAAGAAAUCAACUGUUGAUCAUGAGGGAGAAUUUAAAUGCGUUGCCACUAACUCUGCAGGACAAGCAGAACACGUUGCCAAAGUCAAUGUGGAAGGCAAGUCUGAGCCCCCAGAAUUUACUCGUAAGGUGAACUCUAGGGACAUCAAGGCCGGUCGUCCUGUCAGAUUUGAAUGUGCUGUCAAAGGCAUCCCUCAACCAGAAGUCUCAUGGUUUAUCAACGACAAACCAAUUGAAACUGGGAUCAGGUUCCGCAUGGAUGAGCGCAAGGGUUACGUAGACGUGGUCCAUAUUCUUACCAUUGACAACACCGUACUGGAAGAUGAAGGCCAGAUCAAGGCUGUUGCCUCCAAUAAAGCAGGGGAAGUAACUUGUGAAGGCAGACUCACUGUCGAAGAAAAGAAAGAAGGCCCCAAGAUUAUUAAGAGGUUGGAGAAUUUGGAAGUGGUUGAGAAGAGCUCAGUUGUAUUGGAGUGUGCUAUUUCUGGCAAACCUAAGCCAGAUAUUAUCUGGAUGAAGGAUAAGACAGUAUUGACUGAAUCUGAAGACAUCAAACUUGAAGUCAUCGACCAGACAUACCGUCUCACAAUCCCCAGUGCACAAGUUUCAGAUUCCAAUCUCUACACAAUUCGUGCCAGCAACCCAGCUGGCCAGGUCUCCUGCAGCUGUCGUCUCAAAGUCUUGCCUGGUAGAAAGCCAUCAUUUGCAAGAAAAAUGUCUGACACUCUUGUCCCAGAAGAGGGCGCUGUAAGCUUCGACUGUAAAGUGGAAGGACUUCCUCUUCCUGAAGUUAAAUGGUUCAUCAAUGACCAGGAAAUAGAGGAAGGCGAAGGAGUCCACUUGGUGUUUAACAAACGUGACCGAACACAUUCACUGGUUAUAGACAAAGCGUCACCAGAGCUCCAAGGUCUCAUCAAGGCUGUUGCUGUCAACACUGGUGGCGAGGAGCUUUGUACAGCUGAACUCACAGUCCGUGGACGUGCACCAAGCUUUAAGGAAGUACCUCUCAAGUGUACAAUGCUGGAAGGUGCCACAGCGAUGUUCCGUUGCAUUAUUGACGGAGAGCCGAAACCCACUGUCUCUUGGUCUAAGGGUAAAUGGCAGAAGAUCAAAAGUGAUAAGAAAUACAAUGUGUUUGUCGAUGAGGAAACACAAGAACAGGUUAUUGAGAUUAGAUCUGUUCAGAAGAAGGAUGCAGGAACCUACCUGGUCACACUUACCAAUGAACACGGAACAUGUGAUGCACCUGCAACUCUGAUGGUUACCAAUGAUGAAGAGGAUGUAAACGACUGGUUAGACCAACUCAAACAUAGGGAAUUUACCCGUCACCAAGGUGAUGAGGCUGUUGAAUGGAUGCCACAACUUCGCCAUGUUGAAAUGGAAGAAGACGAACCUGAUGCCAAGAAGUUUGUACCAGGAACAAAAGAAUUGGAUGAAGCUACUGGUCAUGAAAUUUAUCGUCGCAGAUCUCGGCAGGAGUUGACUGAUAUUCAGCGAGGUCAUGAGAUGGACAAAAGGUCAAAGUCUGGUCUAGAGGCAACAGCUCCUGAGAAAGGCGCUGAGGUAACUGCUCCAAGCAAGCCAUCCAUUAAGGACAAAUACAGCCGUCUUGUCAAACCCCAGAAGAUUGAAGAGGCACCACCAGUCAAACUGGUCAUUCCUAAGGCUCAGUGGAAGGUCCUUCAGCCACUACACGACCUUGAGGUAGUGGAGAUGGACGAGGCUCGUUUUGAAUGCGAGUUCAGCGUAGCAAACGUCAUGGUAACCUGGAAGGUGAAUGGUGAGCCCAUAGAGGCCAGCCCUAAGUACAUGAUUGAUAUUGAGAAAAAGAAGCACGCUCUGACUGUGACAAAAUGUAAACCUAAAGACGCAUGUAACAUCAGCUGCUCCUAUGCCAAACUCUUUACAGAAGCAAACCUUACUGUGAAAGAACUACCUGUUGAGUUUUUGAUACCACUUGAGGACACAACAGCAAUGGAGCACACGGAUGCCACAUUCACAGUUAAAAUCAACGUAGAGGAGGUUGACAUUAUCUGGCUGGUUGACAAUGAGCCAGUCAAGGAUGACAAGAAAUACAAGGUUGCUCGCAAAAACAGUCAGGUCAUGCUCACUAUCUUUGACCUCAACCCAGAGGACUCGUGUAAGAUCAGUGCUACUGCCCGCGACGUUUCUACAGAAUGUACUCUUACAGUUAACGAAAUCCCCGUACAAUUUAUUGUGCCCCUGAAAGACAUGGAAGAAUGGGAGCAUGGAUCAGUGACCUUUGUUUGUGAGGUCCAGCGAGAUGUUGACAAGGUCCAAUGGUUCAUUGGUGACAGGGAACUCGUACCAAGUGACACUGUCAAAUUUGUUAGUGAAGAUUUUGUCCACAAACUUUAUCUUAAAGAUCUCGACCUUGCUGACAAUGGUAUGGUCACCUUCCUGACCAAGGGCCAAUCAAGCACUGCCAACCUCAAGGUCAAAGAGAUCCCAGUGGAGUUUAAGAUCCCACUUUCAGAUAUCACAGCUAUGGAGCACUCAACCGUAGAGUUUGUCAGUGAAAUCAACCGUGACGUUGACAAGGUCACAUGGUUCCUUGAUGAAGAGGAACUCAAGGAGGAUGCAAAGAUCAAAAUGGUUUCUGAAGGUCAUGUACAUAAGUUGAUCAUCGAGGACAUUGAAGUAGAAGAUGAAGGACAAGUGACCAUCCAGGCCAAGGAUCAGAAAUCAACUGCCUCCCUCUUUGUACAAGAACUCCCACCUGAGUUUACCUCUCCACCUAAUGAUGUUUCAAUCAUGGAGGGUGAGACAGCAGAAUUUGUUUGCAAGGUCAGCAAAGAGGGCGCCACUGUCAAAUGGUUCCUGGACGACAAGGAGAUUGUUGAAGAUGAACGUUUUGUCGUCACCAAAGACAAAGGAACACACACGCUUACCAUCAAAGAUGCAAUCCUGCCUGAUGGUGGUCUCAUUAAAGCCAAGGUCGAGGACACAAGUGCCACUGCUACACUAACAGUCAAAGAACUACCCAUCCAGUUUAUGGUACCUCUGGAGGAACAAACCUGUAUGGAAGGUGAGAGUGUGACCUUCCUCUGUGAAGUCAGUAAAGAGGAUGCACCAGCCAAGUGGUACUGUGAUGGAAAGGAACUUGAACCCUCAGACCGCAUAGAAAUGACCACCAAGGGCAAGGUUCAUGAAUUGACCAUCAAGGAUGCUGUCCUGAAUGAUCGUGCUGAGUACACAAUUAAACUGGAAGACAAGUCUAGCACUGCCCCACUGUUUGUAGAAGAAGCCCCACUAAGGAUCACAGUCCCACUGAAGGACCGCUACGACUGCUCCGAGGGGGAAUCCAUCACCAUGGAAUGUCAAGUGAACAAGACCGGAGUUCCUGGGAUGUGGCUCAAGGACGGUGAACAGAUUACAGCUGCCGAUGGUUAUGAAAUCUCUGUAGAUGGAAAUCGUCACAUCCUCACGAUCCCGGUAGCCUACCUGGAUCAUGAGGCUGAUUAUAGCAUUAUGAUCGGCAGCCAGGUGUCGUCAACUGUUCUGUAUGUGGAAGAGGUUGCGGCUGCGUUCACACACAGAUUGACAGACCUGACUGGAAUGGAAGGAGAAGAUGUGGAACUCUCAGUUGAACUCAGCAAGCCUGAUGUCAACGUGAGCUGGAUGAAGAACAGGAAACCACUGACCGCCAGUGACCGCAUCAAGAUCCUGUGUGACCGUUACCGCCACGUCUUACAAAUCCAGGAAGCCAUCCCUGAGGAUGAGGGCGAAUACACAGUGCAACUCAGUGACAAUUCCGAAUCAUCAGCAAUGCUCACGAUCAAAGAAAUACCACCAGCAUUCAAGCGCCCCCUGGAGGAUAUUAAAGCAGUUGAAAAGGAUCAUGUCAAACUAGAAUGUGAAGUCAAUAAAGAGGAGAUCCCCGUCAAAUGGUUCAAAGAUGGUAAAGAAAUCACACCCACCAAACGUAUGGAGAUCAUAUCAAACGGCUGUGUACAACAGUUGGUUAUCGAUGAUGUCACUCUGGAUGACAUGGGCAAAUACACCUGUGUGUGUGGUGAUGCCUCGACAGAAGCAGUCUUGUCUGUGGAAGAACUACCACCAGAGUUCCGUAAACUGCUCGAAGACCAGACCUCACUGGAGAAACUAACUGUGACCUUGGAAUGCGAACUCUCCAAGCCAGAUAUUCCAGUGAAAUGGCUGAAGGAUGGGGAAGAAAUCACUCCAUCAGACAAUAUCACAAUUGUGACGGAUGGCUAUUUACAACAACUUCUCUUUGCCGAGGCGUCAUUGGCAGACAGCGCCAUCUAUACCUGUGUGUGUGGUGACGUAUCUACCAAGGCAACCCUCAAGAUUGAAGAAGAGCCACCAAAGUUCACCAAACCUCUGGAAGACCAAACAGUGACUGAGGAGGCGAAUCUGGUCCUGGAAUGUGCUCUCACCAAACCCAACUACAAGGUUGAAUGGCUUCGGGAUGGAGAGCCAAUCAAACCCAGUGACCGUAUCAGCAUUACCACAGAUGGCUGCACACAGCGUCUAGAGAUCCUUGAUGUCACACUUGAUGAUGCUGCCAAGUAUUCAUGUGUCUGUGGCGAUGUGUCAACUGAAGGAACUGUCACGGUUGAAGAAAUUGUUCUGGAGUUCCGCAAGCCUCUGGAGGAAACCGAGGUGCUGGAAGGAACAACAGUGACACUAGAAUGUGAACUGAACAAGAAGAACAUGCCGGCUAAGUGGAGUAAGGAUGAUGUAGAGAUUGUGCCAAAUGACCAGUUCUCUAUCUCCGUCGACCAGUACCAACACUCCCUCACGAUUACCGACAUCACACUCGACGAUGAGGCAGACUACAAAUGUACAGUCAAUGACGUAUCCACCUCAGCCACUGUCUUUGUAGAAGAGCUCCCUGUGGAAUUUCUCAUCCCUCUGUCAGACCUCACCGUCAUGGAGAAAGAUACUAUCUGUCUCAACUGCGAGGUUAACAAACCAGAAUAUCCUGCAAAGUGGUUGAAGGAUGGAAAACAAAUCACGCCCUCAGACAGAGUGAAGUUGAUCCAUGACAAUGCUUACCAUCGUAUUGUUAUUGACCAGUCCGUACUUGAUGACGAAGCUGAGUACAGUGUUAUCAUCAACGGAGCCAAAUCACGUGCCAUUGUCCUGGUGGAAGAGGCUCCUGUAGAGUAUCUGAAGCCACUAAAGGACACUCAAGUUACCGAGGGCGACAGUGUAACAAUGGAGUGUGAGGUCAGUAAGCCAGAUGAGGUUGCUAAGUGGUACCUGGAUGGUGAGGAGAUCAAGGGCUCUGACAGGAUAGAGCUUGUCGUCUACAGCACCACCCACCAACUCAUCAUCCACGAAGCCAAGAUUAGUGAUGAAGGCUCGGUUUCAAUCCAAAUUGGUGACAAGAAAUGCACAGCAAAUCUGCUUGUUGAUGAAAUACCUCUCAAGAUAGUCAAACCUCUGACCGACACAGAAAUCUUUGAAAAGGAAGAGAUGACAUUCACCUGUGAAGUAAACAAGGCCAAUGUCAAGGUCACGUGGCACAAAGAUGGAGUAGAAAUUGUUCCGUCUGACCGUAUACAUGUGACUGCUAAAGAAAUGGUCCACACAUUGAAAAUCACAGAUGCAAAAUUAGACGAUGGCGCCAUCUACCUUUGUCAGCUAGAGGACAAGAAGACUACAGCUACACUUACAGUUAAAGAAGAGCCCCUGCAAUUCAUCAAGCCUCUGGGUGAUGUUGAGGUUAUGGAAGGACAGACAGCUGUGCUGGAGUGCAUCGUGUCCCGACCAAAUCUCAAGUCCACCUGGUUGUGUGAGGGCAAACCAUUGACCCCAAGUGACCGUGUCAAGAUGACCAGUCAGGACAACAUCCACACACUGACCAUCACAUCUGCUGAACUUGAUGAUGAAUCAGAAUACACAAUAAAUGUCAUGGAUACACUUUCUACCGGUGCAAUCUUUGUGGAAGAGGAGCCAGUUGACUUUAUCCGUAAGCUUGAGAACUUGGAGGUACACUCUAUUCCAUCUUCUGCAACCUUCGAGGCUGAGGUCACCAAAGCUAACCUUGUUGGCAAAUGGUUCCGUGAUGGAAAACCCAUUGCUGAAUCAGACAAAUACAAGAUGGAGGUUGUAGGCACCGUCCACAAACUGACCAUCAAUGAUAUUGAUGGAGAGGAUGAAGCUGACUACAAGGUGGUCGUAAGGGGCAAGAAAUCUGAAGCAGAACUCAUUGUUGAAGUGCCUCCCGAACUGUUCCUGGACAAGGCCUAUGAAGAGGAAGUUAUCCUUAAGGCUGGUCAGUCGACUGCCUUUGAGAUACCCUUCAAGGCUAAUCCUCAGCCUUCAGUCACCUGGUCCUUUAAUGACCAGUCCAUGCCUGAGGACAAGAGAAUUGAGGUCCAGUCUAUCUACAAUAUGACCACACUUCGUCUAGCCAAGGCCAAACGUAUCGACACAGGAAACUACACCCUGACAUUACAGAAUCAAUCUGGCAAGGCUGCCGUCACCAUCAAACUCAAAGUCUUAGAUAAACCAAGUGCUCCAAGGAAUCUUGCACCAAAGGAUGUCACAGCAGAAUCUAUUUCAUUGGUGUGGGAAACGCCAGAGGAUGAUGGAGGCAGUCCAAUUAUCGAAUACAUCAUCGAGAAGCGGGAAGCAAACCGUCGUUCCUGGUCAGAGAUUGGUACAACACCAGACACACAAUUUGUCGCCUCUAAGCUGCUGGAAGGUAACCAGUAUUUAUUCAGAGUAUUUGCCAAGAAUGACAUUGGACUGAGUGAACCAGUGGAGCUCACCGAUGCAGUAACGGCCAAGAAUCCCUUCACUGUACCAGAUGCACCCAAUGCUCCGAUUACGUCUGAUGUCUUCAAGAAGUCUGCCACAGUGUCAUGGCAACCACCUGCCAAUGAUGGUGGCUCUCCUGUGAUUGGUUACUACCUGGAGCGGUUGUCUGGAUUCAGUCCACGCUGGGUACGUGCCUCACAUGACCUCAUUCCCGACACAUGGUGUAACCUGACAGAUCUGAUGGAGGAUAAUACUUAUCAAUUCCGUGUUAUCGCAGUAAACAAAGCUGGUGAGAGCGAGCCAAGUCCUCCUUCUGAUACGAUCACUGCCAAGGAUCCAUUUGACAAACCUGGACCACCAAGUACACCUGAAAUCAUGGGAACAGACAGUUCAUCUGUUGCCCUUAAAUGGGCACCUCCAGAGGAUGAUGGUGGUUCUCCAGUCUUUAACUACGUGAUUGAGUACAGACUUGUAGGGGCCUUCCGCUGGACAACAGCCAAUGAGACUGCGGUCCCUGAGACUACAUUCAGUGUUACUGGUCUGAAGGAAAACUCAAAUUAUGAGUUCAGGAUCAGCGCCGAAAACAAAGCUGGUGUUGGUCCACCAUCUUCACCAACCAAACCUGUCAAAGUACAGGCUCCAAUUGUCGGUGUUGCACCACAACUUCUGGAGCCACUCCAGGAUACUGUUGUUGUGGCACCCAAAGAUGCCAUCUUAGAGUGUGACCUUGACCUUGGAGAGCCAGAAUCUGAGAUCAAAUGGUUCAAAGGUACAGUACAGGUGGAGAAGAGCCCCAAAUACGAGAUGAGUUACGAAGAUGAGAUCGCCGCCUUGGUGAUUCAUGACACAGCCCCUGAGGAUGCCGAUGUCUACCAUUGUCAGGCUGCUAACGUGAUUGGCCAAGUCCAAACAACAGGCACACUAUCUGUACACACUCAUCCCAAGCUUGAGUAUGACAACAAGUUGAAGAGCCAACAAGUCCUUAAGGCUGGAUCAACACUUACUGUAGAGGUCAACAUCAGUGGUAUCCCAUCACCCAAGGUCGUAUGGCAGAAGGAUGGCCAACCCAUUGAAAAGUCACCACGUCUCAGUAUUGACAUCACAGAAGAAAUCUCCACUCUCAAAAUCAAAAACGCCACUCAGAAUGAUACUGGUGUCUACAACAUUGUUGCAGAAAACACUGUCGGAAAGGCUGAGGCCAGCUUCGAUAUCAAUGUCAGAGACAAGCCAUCAAAACCUAACAACCUUCAUGUUGUUGAGGUGAUGAAAGACACUGUCGUUAUUGAGUGGGAAAAACCAACCAGUGACGGAGGUGCUGAAAUCACUGCCUACAUUGUUGAGAAGCGUGAUGCCAAACGGAACACCUGGGCAACUUGUGAGAACGUCAGUGGCCAUACUACAACAUUUGCUGUGGAGAAACUCCUCGAAGGCAAUGAGUACUUCUUUCAAGUGUCAGCUCAGAAUGAGGUUGGAACUAGUGAACCAGCCACUAUGGAUGAAGGAACUAUUGCCAAGAGUCCAUUCGAUGCUCCAGACUCACCUAUAAAUUUGAAAGCUACCGACACAACGCCAGAAACUGUGUCAUUAACAUGGGAUGCUCCAUUGAAAGAUGGCGGCUCCCCAGUUACUGGGUAUAUAGUGGAGAAACGUCACAUGGAGACAACACGCUGGUCGAAAUGCAAUAAAAAGGCCGAACCAGACACUGUGUUUACGGUCACCGACCUCAUUGAGGACAGCGACUAUGAAUUCCGUGUAUCCGCUGAGAACAUUGUUGGCCUCAGUAAACCCUGUCAGCCAAUUGGACCAAUCAGAGCCAAGCUUCCAUAUGACAAACCAGAGGCUCCUGGUAAACCUGAGGUCCUCGAAGUCACAAAGAAUACAGCAUCACUGAAAUGGACCCCUCCUGUCAAAGACGGUGGCGACGCCAUCUUUAACUACAUUGUUGAAUGUCGGCCGGAGACUUCUAUCAAGUGGAUAUUGGCCAGCCAGAACAUUCGCAUAGAUGAUACCAAAUUUGUGGUGACAGAUCUUCUUGAGGGUAUGGAGUAUGAGUUCCGUGUCUACGCGGAGAACAGAGCGGGUGUUGGCCCCGCCUCUCCUCCAUCAGACAGAGUCCUUAUCAAGGAACCAAUUGUCGGAGAGGCUCCAUCUGUACUAGAAGGACUUCCUGACCUUACUCAUCUGGUAGGAGAGACGGCCACCCUUGAGUGUAAAAUCUCAGGCAAACCAGAGCCUACACUGAAAUGGUCUAAGGAUGAACAUGUGCUGUCAGAGAGCAAAAAGUUCGAGAUGUCAUAUGUAGAUUUGGCUGCCUCACUGACCAUUCGUCAGGUGACAGAAAAAGACAUGGGCAGUUACAGCUGUGAGGCAUCCAAUGACUUAGGAUCUGUGUCAACCACUGGUCAAGUGGAGAUUCAGGCUCCACCAACCAUUGAGUAUGACAACAAAUACCGUGACCUUUUGACCUUACAAGCGGGCUCAUCCCUGAAGAUCCCUGUAACAAUCAAAGGUCUUCCCAAACCCACAGUCACCUGGGGUAAGGAUGACACUGCCCUCAAGACAUCAACGAGGGUUAGCUUUGAAAAGACCGAAAAAGGCUCAACAUUGUUAAUCAAGAAACUGACUCGUGAGGACGACGGACUUUACUACAUUAAGGCUGAGAAUGAGGCUGGUGAAGAGAAGGCUAGCUUUGACGUUGAAAUUAUUGACGUGCCAAGCCCACCAGAGGGCCCAGUGCAGGUUACCGACAUUGACGUAGACAGAGCAACGCUGACCUGGCAGAAGUCAAAGGAUGAUGGCGGAUCAGCAAUCAAAUCCUAUACAGUGGAACGCCGAGAAGCUGGACGAUCUACGUGGUCACGUCAGGAAAUUCCAAAUUCUUCUGUUCUCACUAUCACCCCAACUGAUCUUCAAGUUGGAAAGGAGUACAUGUUCCGAUUCUUUGCCGAAAAUGAGGUUGGCAUGUCCAGUCCUCUCGAGAUGGAUGAACCUGUCAUUCCAAAGAGUCCGUUCGACAAACCGUCAAUCCCAGUGGGACCUCUGGAAAUCUCCGACGUCACUGACAGCAGUUGUACAUUAACUUGGAAACCACCCGUAUCUGAUGGAGGUACUCCUCUCACUGGUUACGUAGUGGAGAAAUAUGACACCCGUCGUAUGACAUGGACCACUGUGAAGACUGUUGCUCCAGACAGUACAUCAUGUCCAGUUCCUAACUUACUAGAGGGACAGGCUUACCUGUUCCGUGUGUCAGCGGUCAACAGUGUCGGUCGUAGUCAACCUCUGGUCACUGACCAUGAGAUCAAACCAACAAAACCAGCCACUCCACCUGGAAAGCCUAUUGGUUUCCGUGUUAAUAACAUACAAGGUGACAGUGUGACGUUGUACUGGAGUGAACCCAAGCGUGACGGAGGCUCUCCAAUCACCAGCUAUAACAUUACCAUAUCUAAAGACAAGGGCAAGACCUGGUCUCCAUUAGAAACAGUUCCAGAAUCUGUGGAGCGUUACGUCGUAAACAAUCUCAAGGAAGAUGAACCCGUUCAGUUCCGUGUCUCUGCAGUCAACGCUGUUGGAGAAGGAGAAUGGGUGGAAUCAGACACAGUCACUCCAAAGAAGCCAAUUGGUCUACCUUCUAAGCCAGUGGAUGUUGAGGUAGGAGAAAUCCUCACUGACUCUGUAGCUCUCAGCUGGCAGCCACCUGAGGACGAUGGAGGCACUCCAAUCACAGGAUAUGUGAUCGAAAAACGUGACGCAUCCCGUUCCAUGUGGACAACUGUUGAUCGUGUGGACAAAAAUACACUCAAACUCCUGGUGACAAAAUUAAACGAAGGAACAAGCUACUUCCUGCGGGUUCGUGCUGAGAACAAGGCAGGACUUGGUGAACCCCAGGGUCCUACCAAACCUGUUAUACCAAAGAAUCCGUUUGACAAACCCAGUAUUCCUAUUGGUCCACUGACUGUGUCUAACGUCACUGACUGCUCUGCUGACCUUGAAUGGAAGCCCCCGACAAGUGAUGGUGACACACCAAUCACUUCAUACAUCAUUGAAUCUCGCCCAACAAGUCGUAUGUCUUGGUCCAGGGCUGGAGAAGUUGAUGGAUCAACCACCAAGUUUACUGUGCCACAACUUACCGCUGGCACUGAAUACGAGUUCAGGGUCUCUGCCGUCAACAAGGAAGGUCAAAGUCCCUGGUUACAGGCAAUCGACACUGCUUUGCCCAAACGCAAGAUCAACCCACCAGGACCUCCCAGGGACCUUAGAGACACAAAGGUUGGAGAAAACUAUGCCAUACUUAAAUGGCAGCCUCCCCUUGACAAUGGAGGUGGGCCUAUCACUGGCUACAUCCUCAAGAUGAGGGAAGGACCUCAUGGAAAAUGGAGCAAGGUUGAGUCUUUGUCCAGUAUUGAAGAUGACACAAAGGUCCCUCGCCUGUCAGAAGGCACCGACUACUACUUCUCCAUUGCCGCAGAAAAUGAGGCUGGUGUUGGGGAGACCUGUGAGACAGACAAACCAGUCACACCCAAACGUCCUCCAGGACCUCCUGGAAAACCAAUGGGUCCAUUAACAGUGACCGAUGUUGAAAAGACAACGGCUGUCCUUCACUGGAAACCUCCAAAGAGUGACGGAGGAUCCCCACUCACCGGUUACAUUGUUGAAAAACGUGAAGGCCUCAAAGCCUGGGUUAUGGUUGACACAGUCUCUCCUGAUGUCCUUGACCUUAAAGUCAAUGAUCUGAAAGAAGGGACAGAGUAUCUGUUUAGAGUGACUGCUGAAAACAAGUUUGGUACUGGAGAUGAGCUUGAGGCUGAUACAACAACAAUACCAAAGUCUCUAUAUGACAAACCUGGUAAGCCUGUUGGACCAAUGGAGUUCUCUAACAUCCUAGAUGAUUCUAUCACUAUGGAAUGGAAGCCACCCUUGUCUGAUGGAGGCCGACCAAUCACCAGCUAUGUUAUUGAGAUGCGUGAUGCGCGUCGCUCCACAUGGAAUAACGCUGGCACCGUCAGUGCGGAGAAUACAAUUUUCACUGCUACUGGCCUAAUGGAGGACAACGAGUACUUUUUCAGGGUCUCUGCUGUUAAUGAAGAAGGUCAAGGUCCAGCACUGGACUGUCCUGACAAGGUUAUGGCAAGGAAGCCUAUACAACCACCAUCAGUCCCUCUGAAUCUCAACACAUGUGAUCUCACUGAGGAUAAGGUGACCUUGACCUGGGAAGAACCCAAGGACAACGGUGGUUCAAAGAUCACUAACUACAAGAUUGGACUUAAUGAAGAUGAGACUGGCAAAUGGAAAAACAUUGCAACUCUCAAUCCAUAUGACCGCGAUUACACUGUAAGAAAUCUAACGACUGGUCAGCGAUACUACUUCUCCGUUGCUGCAGAAAACAAGGCCGGCAUCGGCGAGGCUGCGGAGUUAGAUAAAGCUGUCUGUCCACAGAAAAAACCAGAGCGACCAUCACCACCAGUUGGGCCAAUCAAAUUCUCCAACAUAAACAAGACAACUGUGACGUUGUCAUGGCAACCAAGCAGACAUGACGGUGGCUCCCCCUUGACUGCAUAUCAUAUUGAGAUGCGUGACACCAAGACAAGCCGCUGGUCACCUGUUACCACAGUGACAGCAGACAUCCUUACAUACUGUGCUCAGAACCUAACGGAACAACAUGAAUAUAUGUUCCGUAUCUUUGCUGAAAACAGUGUUGGUAAAUCGGAUGCCUUGACAUCUGACGUAGUGGAGCCGAAGAGUCCAUUUGACAAGCCAGGAAAACCUGUUGGACCCUUGGAUUACUCCAAUCUUACUCAGGAUUCCGUAACCAUCUCGUGGAAAACACCACUGACUGAUGGAGGAACUGCAAUCACCAGCUAUAUUAUCGAGUCUCGUGACAGCAGAAGAACCACAUGGUCCAAAAUUGCAACGGUGGAUGCUGAUAAACUUACGUACAAGGCCGGAGGAUUGUCACUAGAUCAGGAAUACCUGUUCCGUGUGUCGGCAGUCAACGCAGAAGGUCAAGGUCCUGCAUUGGAUUCACUUGACAGGGUCAAACCCCAGAAACCAUUAGAGAAGCCAGGACCACCUAUUAAUGUCAAAACACUGACUGUUAACGAAGAAAAGGCCACCAUCACAUGGAAACAGCCCAAGUUUGAUGGCGGAUCCAGGUUGACUGGAUAUCGCAUCAAAGUCCGUGAGAACGGCGGUCAGUGGAGAGAAGUGGACAACGUAGGACCAUAUGAGACUGACACAGUGAUUCGCAACCUCACUACUGAUGUCGAAUACAUGUUUGCCGUAGCUGCAGAAAAUAAGGUUGGCGUCGGAGAAGCAGCUGAGACAGAUUCACCAACUGUUCUUCGAAAGAAGGCCGAGAGGCCAUCACCACCAGUCGGUCCUAUCAAAUUCUCUGACAUUGAUAAAACCACUGUUACAUUGUCAUGGCAACACAGUAAGAGUGACGGUGGCUCCCCCUUGACGGGCUACAUUGUAGAGAUGAAAGAAGUCACUCAGUUCCGCUGGACUGAAGUAGACAAAGUUCGACCAACUGUAACCAGUUACUGUGCCCAGAAUUUGAAAGAGAAGAAAGACGUUAUUUUCAGAGUUAUUGCUGAAAAUGCUGUCGGAAAAUCAGAGCCUACUCAAUCAGACACUGUUACUCCAAAGAGUCAAUAUGAUCUACCAGGACGUCCUGUUGGACCAAUCCUAUUUUCCGACAUCACGAAGGAUUCUGUGACAAUGUCAUGGAAACCACCAACAGAAGAUGGCGGAACCCCAAUCACCGGGUACGUCCUAGAGGUUAAGGAAAACAGGAGGUCAGGAUGGAGUCCAGCUGGAAAGGUCAGCGGUCAAAAGUUGACAUUCACUACAGAGGAUGUUGUCGAGGGCAACAGUUAUUUCUUCAGAGUGUCCGCUGUUAACAUGGAAGGCCAGGGUCCAGCCCUUGAGUCUACUGACAGUGCCACGCCAAUGAGGCCCCUCAGCAAACCUAAAGCACCUAUUGACCUAAAAACAUUUGACCUUCAAACCGACUGUGUGUCUUUGAGCUGGAAACCACCUACUGAUGAUGGUGGGUCAAAGGUCACUGGUUAUCGUAUCAGUAUGAGUGAGGACAGUGUCGACAGCUGGGUAGAGAUUGGCACCACAACCACUUAUACUACCGAAUUCACAGCCAAGAAACUCAACAUAGGCAGUAAAUACUACUUCGCUGUCGCUGCCGAGAACAAGAUCGGUGUCGGUGAGCCAGCGGAAACAGACAAAGCAAUCGUCCCAAGGGCCAAGCCUGAGAGACCAUCACCCCCUGUUGGACCAAUCAACUUCAGUAACAUCCAGAAGAAAGAGCUUACUCUUUCCUGGUUGCCUAGCAAAAGUGAUGGAGGGUCUCCUAUCACCAACUACAUUGUAGAGAUGAAGGAGGCUAGCAUGUUCCGUUGGGCGGAAGUUGGCAGGGUUGAUGCUGACAUCUUUACAUACUGUGCUCAGAAUCUACGCGAACAGAAGGAGUAUAUCUUCCGAGUGAUAGCCGAAAAUGCCGUCGGCAAAUCUGACGCACUUGAGUCUGAUAGAGUCACACCAAAGAGUCAAUUCACUGUUCCUGGUGCACCUGAAGGACCGAUGAAAUACUCGGACAUCACUGCAACAUCAGUCACCAUUGCCUGGCGUCCCCCACUGUCUGAUGGUGGACGACCUUUGUCUGGAUAUAUCGUGGAACAGCGUGAGAGUAAACGUAUGACCUGGACAAAGGUUGGACGCACUGAACCAAGCAUUCUGACUUACUGUGUCCAGAACCUGAUCGAAAACAAGGAAUAUCUAUUCCGUGUUUUUGCCGAGAAUGAAGAAGGCGUUGGGCCUGCCUUGGAAAGUCAGGAGUCUGUCAAACCAAAACGCCCUGCAGAUGUACCCAGUGCCCCCAGAGGACCUCUGGAUGUCCGUGAUGUGGACGAGUCUUCUGCAUACCUCACAUGGCGCCCAGCUGACAAAGAUGGCGGCUCCCCUGUCCUUGAGUACAUCGUUGAGGCAAGCACCGACGGAGAGGAAUGGACCAAGCUUGGCAAGACCGACAAGUACACGACAAAUCUACGACCUCAGGGUCUCUUGACCGGCAAGAAAUAUUUCUUCCGUGUCUUCGCUGUCAACAGUGUGGGGCCAGGUGCUCCUUUGGAAUCUGAUGCCACAACUAUUGAAAAACCAGCGAACGUGCCAGGUAAACCUCGGGCUAUGCAAGUGACCAAUCCCGACAGGACAUCUUUGGGUAUCUCUUGGAAUGUUCCUUCUAAUGACGGUGGAUCACCAAUCACUGGCUACAUUGUCGAAAAACGUGACGCUCGCCGUGCUACCUGGACACAGGUUGCUCAAGUCCCCGCAGACGAGCUGUCCUGUGUUGCAGACAAACUUGUUGAGGGUACUGAGUAUGGAUUCCGUAUCACUGCUGUCAACAAAGUUGGCAAGGGUCCAGCUUUGGAAUCUGACCAGACCUACAUGGCUAAGAGUCCAUACAACAAGCCAGAAUCUCCGCUUGGACCUCUUAAUAUUUCUAAUGUCACUGAUAACUCAUGUGAGUUGUCCUGGAAACCACCAAGAGAUGACGGAGGCUCACCAAUCACCGAGUACAUUGUUGAGAUGCGUGACGUACGUCGUAGUACAUGGAGUAAAGUUGGAACAACUAAACCACCAGUCACUGACUUCACAGCAACCGGACUUAUGCCUGGUAACGAGUACCUCUUCAGGGUUACUGCUGUCAAUGCUGAAGGUCAAAGUGCACCUCUCACAGCCAUACAGUCCAUCAAACCAAAGAAGAAGAUCUCACCUCCCGGGCCACCAUUGUUUGUGCGCUUGUCUAAAUCAGGUGACACAUUCGCGACGAUCACCUGGGGUGCACCAUCCUCAGAUGGAGGUGCGAAAAUCACUCAUUAUCACGUGAUGAAGGCUGAAGGCUCUCCAUCUAAUUGGAUAAAUGUGGCUAAGGUUGAUGCCUAUGAGAACACCAACACCAUUAGUGGACUUAAGGACGGUACAGAGUAUUACUUUGCUGUAGCUGCUGAAAAUGAGGCUGGUGUCGGUGACGUCAGCAAAGCUGACAAAUCAGUGAAAGGGGCUAAGCCUAAAGAGAGACCAGCUCCCCCUGGUGCUCCUUUAGAAGCCACAGACAUCCGCAAAAACCAGGUGACCUUGACAUGGAAAACGUCUCCUGACGAUGGAGGCUCUCCUAUCACUCGCUACAUCGUAGAAAAACGUGAGAGCUGGAAAUCCACCUGGUCUCCAUGUGGAAAGGUUGGUCCACGGGAACACACACUCAUUGCCGAACACCUGAAGGAAAAUCAGGAAUACAGGUUCCAGGUCUGUGCAGAAAAUGCCAUCGGACGCUCUGAUUGGCUUGAGACCUCAGCCAAUGUUGUACCAAAGAGCCAGUUUGCCAAGCCUUCACCACCAAGAGAUCUGGUCAUUUCGGAAAUCAAACAGACUUCUGUAGUUCUGAACUGGUCACCGCCCAAUAAUCUAGGUGGUCUCUCGCUCAAUGGAUAUAAGUUGGAACGUCGGGACAGACGUCGCACAGUGUGGGUAUACGUGGACGAGGUGCGCCCACAUAUCACUACCUACUGUAUACAGAACCUUCUUGAGGGAAAUGAAUACCUUUUCCGUGUCUUUGCCAUCAACGAUGAAGGACUCAGUGAGCCAUUGGAAUCAACAGAAGCUGUCAUACCAUUUAAACCUGCAGGUGUACCAGCAUCCCCAGUUGGUCCGAUCCGAUUCUCAGAUGAGAAGACAGAUGCUGUGACUUUGAACUGGAAUCCAUCAAAGGAUGAUGGAGGAAGUCCAAUCACAUCCUACCAGAUUCAGGUAUCUGAAGAUGGUAAUACAUGGACUGAUGUGGAAAUUGUUGACAAAUAUCGCAAAGAUUACCGAGCCACGAACCUUAAAGAAGGUCAACAGUAUAUGUUCAGAGUGAUGGCUGUGAAUAAGGUUGGAGCCAGCAAGCCACUGGACUCUGACUACUUCACACCUCGUCGUCCAGGAGGUCCACCAUCUAAACCACAAGGCCCGAUGGCUGUCUACGAUAUUUCAUUGAACUCAGUGACCAUUGAAUGGAGGCCUCCCACCGAUGACGGAGGAUCACCACUUAAGAACUAUGUAAUUGAGAUGAAGGAAAAAUCUCGUGUAAUGUGGAAGAGCAUUGACAAAACCAAUCCAAACAUUACGAGUUACUGUGCCCAGAAUUUAUCUCUCAACUCGGAGUACCUGUUCCGUGUCUCAGCUGAGAACAAACAUGGCGUUAGUGAACCACUGACUCUUGAUGAACCAGUUCUUAUUAAGAGCCCAUAUGGUCUGCCCUCUGCACCUGAGGGUCCCAUGAAGAUUGGAAGUGUAAACAACUCUUCAGCUGAGGUAUCAUGGCAACCACCAGCUAGUGAUGGAGGCAAACCCUUGACGGCCUACAUUGUAGAAUAUCGUGAUGUCAAACGUACCUACUGGACAAAGUCUGCAGAGGUCAAACCAGACCAACUGCAUCACAUGGUACAUGGCCUGCAGAUUGGAUACGAGUAUGCUUUCAGGGUCAGCGCUGUCAACAGUGUUGGUCAAGGCCCACAUCUGACCUCUACAGAAACUGCUAAACCUUCCAAGAAACUCAGUGUACCAUCUUGUCCUGAAAAUGUAAGAGUAACAGACAUUGUGAAAUCGUCAGCCACGCUUGAGUGGAGCGCCCCUGACAGUGACGGAGGAUCACGUAUUAACCGUUACCAUGUGUACCAAAGAACAGAUAAAUCAACAGACUGGAGGAAACUUACUUCUGUGGACCGAUUCACCACAAUCACGACUAUCAACAAUCUGAUGACUGACGAGACCUACUACUUUGCCGUCGCAGCUGAAAAUGACGUCGGUAUGAGUGAGAAGGCUGCCACUGCGAAGGGAACAACCAUCACUAAGCCGAUUGCACCUCCUUCACCACCUGUCGGCCCAAUUGUUGUUAGCGAUGUUACAAAAUCAUCAGCUAAUAUUGCUUGGCAACCAAGUAAGUCAGACGGUGGCUCUCCUAUCACUGGCUACAUCGUAGAGAUGAGAGAAGGCUGGAGGAUGUCGUGGACACGAGUGACAGAGGUGGCCAGCGAUACCUUGACAACCACUCUCACCAACCUGCGUGAGGGACAAGAAUACCAUGUCCAGAUUAUAGCUGUCAACAAAGCUGGCAACUCCAAACCCCUUGAGGGCGAUUCCUCUAUCAAACCAAAGAGCCAGUACAAACCACCAUCUGCUCCAAGAAAUCUGGAAGCAUCGGACAUGAAGUCCACUUCACUGAGACUUUCCUGGCUUGAACCGGAAGACAAUGGUGGACUGCCAAUUAAAAGCUAUCAGGUGGAACGUCGUGAGAAAAGAUAUGGUUCAUGGGUCAAGGAAUGCACUGAGAAAUCAACAUCCUGUAGUGUGCUCAAUCUCCGUAUCAACUUGGAAUAUUUCUUCCGUGUGUCUGCCUCCAAUGACGAAGGUCAAGGUCCUUUUGUAGAAAUGAACCAGCCAAUUGUUCUCUCGCCCGAGGCCACUGUGCCGGAUGAGCCCAAGGGCCCCCUCCGUCACAGUAACCUCGACGAGACAAGCGUGACCUUGUCAUGGCUGUCACCGAUGAAUGAUGGUGGCGCCCCCAUCACAUCUUACAAGGUGGAGAGCUGGUCAAUGGAUAAACCUUGGUCAGAAGUUGACACUACAGAUGCCAGGACAACAACUCUCAAUGUUAAACGCCUAACCACAGACAAGACCUACAAGUUCCGUGUAUGUGCAAUCAACCGUGUCGGAGCCGGCAAAUAUUUGGAGUCAGAACGCAUCACACCAACUAAGGAACUCCGCGUUCCUGGACCUCCUACUGAGCCAAUUGUUGCUAAGGCAUUGUCACAUGACACUAUUAGCCUCGAAUGGAAUGAGCCAGAAACUGAUGGAGGAUCCCCGAUCACAAGUUAUGUCGUAGAGCGUCGUGAUCUCAUGAGGUCAAUUUGGACGUUUGUCGACCGUACAGCCAAUCUGAACAUCUUAAUUAAGAAACUGACUGAAGGGUCAGAGUUCUUCUUUAGGGUGUCAGCAGUUAACAAGGUUGGUCAGGGUCUUCCAUUGGAAACUCCAAAACCUAUACUGAUCAAGAGUCCAUAUGACAAACCUUCAGCACCAGUAGGUCCACUCCAAACUACCAACGUCACCGCCAACUCUGUUGACCUCGCAUGGCGACCAUCAGAAAAAGAUGGCGGAACUCCAAUCACACACUACACCAUUGAGGUGCGUGAAGUGCGUCGCUCCAUGUGGGGCAAAGCAGGACAAGUGGAACCGGGAGUUAACAAGUUCACAGUGCAAAACCUUGUGGUAGAUAAUGAAUACUACUUCAGAAUCCGUGCUGUCAAUGCCGAGGGCGAAAGUCCACCACUUGAAGGUCCCAGUGGAGUCAAACCAAAGAAGAUUCUGUCACUACCUGGUGUACCAAAUGUAAACGUUGGACGAAUUGGUGAAGGUGAGAUAGGUGUAGACUGGACGCAGCCUGAUAGCGACGGUGGAGCUCGCAUCAAACAGUACCGUGUGUACAUGAAGGAUGAGAACACCUGGAGGGAGCUGGCGACAGUUGAACCCUACAGAGGUCACCACAAUGUUACCAAGCUCAAUCACGAACAGAAAUAUGUGUUCGGUGUGGCUGCAGAAAAUUCCAUCGGAAUAGGAGAAAAGGGAGUUACCAAGCCUUCCUCUCCAAAACAAGCCCUUACUGUACCAUCGGCACCAGAAGGUCCUCUGGAAAUUUCUAACAUCCAAAAGAAUUCUGCUAACAUUUCCUGGAACCACAGUCUCUUCGAUGGGGGUUCACCAAUCACACACUAUUCCAUCGAGAGAAAGGAGAGUUGGAAGUCGAGCUGGUCCCCUGUGGAUCGUAUCCGUGCCAACAACACCACAUACAAGAUGACAGGUCUCAACGACAAGACCAGCUACCUCAUCAGAGUCAAAGCUGAAAACAAGAUUGGAAGCUCAGAGCCUUUACAGAGUGUUGAAGAAUUCACUCCAAAGAGUCCUUAUAGUGUACCAUCUGCUCCUAUUGGACCUCUGAAGGUCUCCAAUGUCACCACCAACUCAGCAGUCCUCACAUGGAAACCCUCAGAAUCAGACGGUGGCAAGCCAAUUAAACGUUACAUAGUGGAACGUCGUGAGGGAUGGCGAUUCAACUGGUCAAAGGUUGACUCAACACGCUCUCUUUCAAUUUCUGUCAGUGGUCUAAGGGAGGGAACAGAGUAUUUCUUCCGUGUGAUGGCUGAGAAUGAGGAAGGCCUCAGUGAACCUAUUGAGACUGAUGCCGUCAUUCCUAGAAAACAAGCAGUAAAACCAGGUCCACCUGCUGGUAAAAUACAUGCUAGUCAUGUGACCCAAGACUCUGUAACUUUGGCCUGGAAAGAACCAACAGAUGAUGGAGGAUCUCCAAUCAAACGCUACAUCAUUCAAGCCCUAAACACACGCUCAGGAAAUUGGGCAACAGUUGCUGAGGUUCCAGCCCGCACCUUCCAAAAGAUCAUAACUGGUCUGGAAGAAGGUGUGCCCUAUGAGUUCCGCAUUUGUGCUGAAAAUGAGGUUGGACUCGGUAAACCAAAUGAGUUGGACGAAACAAUUACUCCAUCACGUCCAGCAGAGGUUCCUGGAGCUCCAAGAGGCCUCAAAGUCUUUGAUAUAACAAAGGAAUCUAUGGCUCUGUCAUGGCAGCCACCUACAGAGGAUGGCAAUAGCCCAUUGACAGGUUACAUAGUAGACAAACUUGACAGUCAAUGGGGAGGCUGGUCUCGUGCGACCAAACUUCCAGCCGAUGUUACAGAGUGCACAGUGAGUGGUCUUAUCAAGGGCCAUGAUUAUAACUAUCGUGUGUAUGCUGAGAACAAAGUUGGAGUUGGUGCCCCUGCCGAAUUGAGGAGUCUGGUCAAGGCUGUUAGUGCCGUAGAGGUACCAUCUAAGCCCAGAGACUUCCAGGUGACAGAUAAGAAAGAAGAUAGUGUUAGCCUAGAGUGGUCUACUCCUGACAGUAAUGGUGGUGCUCCUAUCACUCGCUACUGUAUAGAAAAACGUGAGCCUGGCCGUGCCCAGUGGGUGAGAGUUGACAGUGUGUCUCCAAAGACACUAGGAUAUACAGCCAGAGGUCUUCUUGAAGGCCGAAGUUACAUUUUCCGUGUCUUCGCCGAGAACUCUGAAGGACUCAGUGAACCUGCUGUGUUAGAUAAGGCAAUCACACCAGAACGUGCUCAAGAAACACCAGGGCCCCCAGAAAACCUUGACGUAUCCACAGUGAGCCACAAUGCUGCCACACUUCGCUGGAAGCGUCCACGCUAUGAUGGCGGUGCUAUGGUAACUGGUUAUCUCAUCGAACAGAGGGAUGGUACUUCUGGCCAGUGGCAGCGUGUGAAAGAGGUAGAGAGUCAUGUCCACUCACUGACCAUUCGUAACCUCAUUGAUGACUAUAGUUAUGGAUUCCGUGUUCGUGCCAAGAAUGCCAUAGGCCUUGGUGAACCAAGAGAAAUUGACACUGCUGUCAGCACUAAGAAAACCAUAGAAAAACCAUCUGCUCCCCGUGGUCCUUUGGACAUAUCUGACAUCACUGAGGACCAUGUACGAUUAUCAUGGCGAGCACCUGAGAGGGAUGGAGGAUCAAGGAUUUCUGCUUACAUGGUUGAGAAGAGUGAAGCCCGUCGUCCCAAAUGGUUGCGUGUGGCACGCUGCCCACCAGACCAACUCUCAUUGGAUGUGUCAAAUCUCAUCGAAAAUGUGGAGUACUACUUCCGAGUGGUGGCCGAGAAUGAGGCUGGCCUUAGCCCGCCCCUCGAGUCCGACAGCGCUGUAAAACCGAAGAGUAAAUUUGGUCCACCUUCAGCUCCCGUUGGUCCAAUCAAAGCCCUGAGUGUGACACGUGACAGCGUGUCCCUCGAAUGGAGACCACCAAAAUCAGAUGGAGGCUCUCCUUUGACUGGCUAUAUUGUUGAGAAACGUGAGGGAAGUAGGCAAUCCUACGUCAAUGUGACGCGUCUAGCGUCUGACGUAAACAUUGUCAACAUCCCGGGUCUGAUGGAAGGUCAUGAUUACUACUUCCGGGUCAUUGCUGAAAACCGCUAUGGAAGAAGUGCACCUUUGGAAUCCACCUCUGCUAUUACACCUAAGAGGAUGUAUGGCAAAUCAGAGGAUAUACACACUGUGCAGUCUGUGAGAGCCUCUACCAUGUCAAAGAAAAUUAGGGCCAUCAGCGAACCUCCUGUUGAAGAAACAGUUGUUGAUUCAGUUUCUCGUAAAAGAUAUGUGCCCAGGGACACGAAAUGGUUUGAUGAGGUCCGUUCUGAAUACAUUUCUGUGUUGUCUCCUAAGAAAGUAAUAGAUACGACGCGCUACGAAGAACCAAUGCACACAGUAGAAUCUGUGAAAGCUGUUGUGAAGCGCAGAGGUGUUGAAAUUAUCAAACCCUCCCGAGCCAUCAGCGAACCUCCAGUUGAAAAAUUGGUACCAGAAGUCACUGAAAAACAGAAGGUGAACUUUGAAGAGGAAUAUUUCAAUAAAGAAAGGGCUCGAUAUCUUGCUGCACUGGAAAGACCCAAACGUAUGCAAGUUGAUGAACAACCAGUGAAGACAGAAGGAUAUUUUACCCUGGCCUCUGUACAGUCAGACAUUAGAAAGAAACAGAGCAGAUCAACGAGUGAACCGCCAGAACCAAUGGUGGAACAAGUCAUCUCCAAGCGUCUUAGAACAAAACUGCGUUCAAAACAGGCGCCAUAUGCUGGAUUGGAAUUUGAAAGUGCCAGGACAGCUAUGAAGGAAACACUGUCAAAGGCUGAGGCUAUUGGAACUCACGGGGUAGUAGGAGCGAAGUGGGAUCAUCUUGGAGCAUUCAAUAAAUACAAGGACCUAUCACAUAAAGAAGAGAGGAAACGGGAUCGUGCUAUCAGUGAGCCACCUGUCGAUGAAUAUGUUGUAGAACAGAGAGCGAAGUUAAUGGAAAAAACUAAGGUCAAAACAUCGGAAGAGGAUUUUGAGAAAGAAAGAACAAAGUAUAUGUCUGCACUUAGGCGUCAUGAAGAAAGCGCAGUGGAUUUGAGUUUUAAGAAGCAGACGAUACACACAUUGGCCUCUGUGAGAGCAUCAGCAGAAGCCAGAGAGGCAGCAAAACCUCGCAAGCCAGAAAAACCAUCACGUGCCACAAGUGAGCCUCCAGCUGAACUUGAACUACAGAAACCAAGCAAGACGUACAGACUUGCAUAUGACGAUGAUUGGUUCGAAAAGUCACGUUCAAGGUAUCUCAGAGCACUUGAGAAACCUGACUUCUCUACAGAACAAAUAGUGAAACCGAAACAGGAAGAAAUCUUUACUCUCCAGUCUGUUAAAGAUUCAAUGUCAAAGAAGGCAAGAGACAGUCGAGCCACAAGUGAGCCACUAUCCCCUGUGGAGGAAACUCCGUUGACAAAGCGUCUGAAGUCAAAAAAGACCAGACAACCUAGAUAUAAUCAGGAAGCUUUGACACAGGCUAGAGCUGCAAUGAAGGAAAGUGUGUCUAAGAUUGAAACAAUCGGAACACAUGCUGUUACUAGCAAAUAUGAUCACGUGAGCAUAUUGAACAAAAUUUCAGAUAUCACUUUCGAUGAGAAAAAGAAACGUCCUCGUGCAAUAAGUGAGCCGCCAGUUGAAGCAGAAAUAGAACAAAAGCCUCAGGAAAGACCUGACAAAGAAAAGAAGCGUGAUUUGAUGGAAGAAGAAUUCAGACAGAGUAGGAAACAAUAUUUGACAGCAUUGGAGAAGAAACGUGAGAUAGAAGUACCAGAUUUCAAGAAGGAUAAGAUCCACACCUUGGCUUCAGUUCAGGCGUCGGCCAUUAGACAUCAGCUAAGAAAACCAGAAGUAAAAGAAAAGGUUAAACUCAAAGAAGAGGAACCAGUUGAAUCGAGGAAAUCUUUCAGAACAUAUAAGAUUUCUUACGAUGAUGAUUGGUUUGAUAAAUCCAGAUCAAGUUACAUGUCUGUAUUAGAUAAACCAGCCGUCACAGAAACGCAUGAAGCACCAAAGAGGAAGGAGGAUAUAUUUACUCUCGAUUCAGUGCACAAAUCCAUCAGAGAAAAGGAAAGAUCUAGGGCCGUCAGUGAGCCCCGAGCACAAUUUGAAACUAGUCCUAUUGCCAAACGCGUCAAGAAGAAAUUAACAAAACCAUCCCGUGAUGAUUCUUUGGAACAGGCUAGGAUCGCCAUGAAGGAGAGCAUGUCCAAAGUAGAAUCCAUUGGAACUCAUGCUGCUGUGAUUACCAAACGUGAGCCAGCUGUAUAUAAGGAUGUAGAAUACGAGAAACCAAGAAAGGCAAAGCAGGUUGUUGAAACAGAGGAAGUAGAGACAAUUAAGGAACGACCAGAAAAGGCCAAGAGGAUUGCAAUGAAUGAGGCAGAGUUUAAUCAGAGUAGACUUGAAUACCUUGCCAAAUUGAAGCGUCCCACAGUAGAAAUACCUGAAUUAGCAAAGGAGAAGAUUCUUACGCUAGCUGAUGUACAGGCUUCCGCUCUCAAACGUCAGCACCAAUGGAAACCUGCACCAGAAACCAAAGAAAAGGUGAUGAUUGAGGAGCCAACUGAGGCUAGAAAAUCCUUCAGGACCUACCAAAUCUCUUACGAUGAUGAUUGGUUUGAUAAAUCCAGAUCAAGUUACAUGUCUGUAUUAGAUAAACCCACCGUCACAGAAACAUAUGAAGCACCAAAGAGGAAGGAAGACAUAUUUACUCUUGAUUCAGUGCACAAAUCAAUCAGAGAAAAGGAAAGAUCUAGGGCCGUCAGUGAGCCUCGAGCACAAUUUGAAACUAGUCCUAUUGCCAAACGCGUCAAGAAGAAAUUAACAAAACCAUCCCGUGAUGACUCUUUGGAACAAGCUAGGAUCGCCAUGAAGGAGAGCAUUUCUAAAGUAGAAUCCAUUGGAACACAUGCUGCCGUGAUUACCAAACGUGAGCCAGCAGUAUAUAAGGAUAUGGAAUAUGAGAAGCCAAGAAAGGCAAAGAAAGCCAUUGAGCCAGAAGAAGUAGAGACCAUAAAAGAAAGACCAGAAAAAGCCAAGAGGAUUGCAAUGAAUGAGGCAGAGUUUAAUCAGAGUAGACUUGAAUACCUCGCCAUAUUGAAGCGUCCCACUGUAGAAAUACCUCAGUUAGCAAAGGAGAAGAUUCUGACGCUAGCCGAUGUACAGGCUUCUGCUCUCAAACGUCAGCACCAAUGGAAACCUGCACCAGAAUCCAAAGAAAAGGUGGUUAUUGAGGAACCAACUGAGGCUAGAAAAUCCUUCAGGACCUACCAAAUCUCUUACGAUGAUGAUUGGUUUGAUAAAUCCAGAUCAAGUUACAUGUCUGUAUUAGAUAAACCCACCGUCACAGAAACAUAUGAAGCACCAAAGAGGAAGGAGGACAUAUUUACUCUCGAUUCAGUGCACAAAUCCAUCAGAGAAAAGGAAAGAUCAAGGGCCGUCAGUGAGCCCCGAGCACAGUUUGAAACUAGUCCUAUUGCCAAACGCGUCAAGAAGAAAUUAACAAAACCAUCCCGUGAUGACUCUUUGGAACAGGCUAGGAUCGCCAUGAAGGAGAGCAUUUCUAAAGUAGAAUCCAUUGGAACACAUGCUGCUGUGAUUACCAAACGUGAGCCAGCAGUAUAUAAGGAUAUGGAAUAUGAGAAGCCAAGAAAGGCAAAGAAAGCCAUUGAGCCAGAAGAAGUAGAGACCAUAAAAGAAAGACCAGAAAAAGCCAAGAGGAUUGCAAUGAAUGAGGCAGAGUUUAAUCAGAGUAGACUUGAAUACCUUGCCAAAUUGAAGCGUCCCACAGUAGAAAUACCUGAAUUAGCAAAGGAGAAGAUUCUUACGCUAGCUGAUGUACAGGCUUCCGCUCUCAAACGUCAGCACCAAUGGAAACCUGCACCAGAAUCCAAAGAAAAGGUGGUGAUUGAGGAACCAACUGAGGCUAGAAAAUCCUUCAGGACCUACCAGAUUUCUUACGAUGAUGAUUGGUUUGAUAAAUCCAGAUCAAGUUACAUGUCUGUAUUAGAUAAACCCAUCGUCACAGAAACAUAUGAAGCACCAAAGAGGAAGGAAGACAUAUUUACUCUCGAUUCAGUGCACAAAUCAAUCAGAGAAAAGGAAAGAUCUAGGGCCGUCAGUGAGCCUCGAGCACAAUUUGAAACUAGUCCUAUUGCCAAACGCGUCAAGAAGAAAUUAACAAAACCAUCCCGUGAUGACUCUUUGGAACAGGCUAGGAUCGCCAUGAAGGAGAGCAUGUCCAAAGUAGAAUCCAUUGGAACUCAUGCUGCUGUGAUUACCAAACGUGAGCCAGCUGUAUAUAAGGAUGUAGAAUAUGAGAAACCAAGAAAGGCAAAGCAGGUUGUUGAAACAGAAGAAGUAGAGACCAUAAAGGAACGACCAGAAAAAGCCAAGAGGAUUGCAAUGAAUGAGGCAGAGUUUAAUCAGAGUAGACUUGAGUACCUCGCCAUAUUGAAGCGUCCCAAAGUAGAAAUACCUCAGUUAGCAAAGGAAAAGAUUCUUACGCUAGCUGAUGUACAGGCUUCCGCUCUCAAACGUCAGCACCAAUGGAAACCUGCACCAGAAUCCAAAGAAAAGGUGGUUAUUGAGGAACCAACUGAGGCUAGGAAAUCCUUCAGGACCUACCAGAUUUCUUACGAUGAUGAUUGGUUUGAUAAAUCCAGAUCAAGUUACAUGUCUGUAUUAGAUAAACCAGCCGUCACAGAAAUGUAUGAAGCACCAAAGAGAAAGGAGGACAUAUUUACUCUUGAUUCAGUGCACAAAUCAAUCAGAGAAAAGGAAAGAUCUAGGGCCGUCAGUGAGCCUCGAGCACAAUUUGAAACUAGUCCUAUUGCCAAACGCGUCAAGAAGAAAUUAACAAAACCAUCCCGUGAUGACUCUUUGGAACAGGCUAGGAUCGCCAUGAAGGAGAGCAUGUCCAAAGUAGAAUCCAUUGGAACUCAUGCUGCUGUGAUUACCAAACGUGAGCCAGCUGUAUAUAAGGAUGUAGAAUAUGAGAAACCAAGAAAGGCAAAGCAGGUUGUUGAAACAGAAGAAGUAGAGACCAUAAAGGAACGACCAGAAAAAGCCAAGAGGAUUGCAAUGAAUGAGGCAGAGUUUAAUCAGAGUAGACUUGAGUACCUCGCAAUAUUGAAGCGUCCCAAAGUAGAAAUACCUCAGUUAGCAAAGGAAAAGAUUCUUACGCUAGCUGAUGUACAGGCUUCCGCUCUCAAACGUCAGCACCAAUGGAAACCUGCACCAGAAUCCAAAGAAAAGGUGGUUAUUGAGGAACCAACUGAGGCUAGGAAAUCCUUCAGGACCUACCAGAUUUCUUACGAUGAUGAUUGGUUUGAUAAAUCCAGAUCAAGUUACAUGUCUGUAUUAGAUAAACCAGCCGUCACAGAAACAUAUGAAGCACCAAAGAGAAAGGAGGACAUAUUUACUCUUGAUUCAGUGUACAAAUCCAUCAGAGAAAGAGAUAGAUCAAGGGCCAUCAGUGAGCCCCGAGCACAAUUUGAAACUAGUCCUAUUGCCAAACGCGUCAAGAAGAAAUUAACAAAACCAUCCCGUGAUGACUCUUUGGAACAGGCUAGGAUCGCCAUGAAGGAGAGCAUAUCUAAAGUAGAAUCCAUUGGAACUCAUGCUGCCGUGAUUACCAAACGUGAGCCAGCUGUAUAUAAGGAUGUAGAAUACGAGAAACCAAGAAAGGCAAAGAAAGCCAUUGAGCCAGAAGAAGUGGAGACAAUAAAGGAAAGACCAGAAAAAGCCAAGAGGAUUGCAAUGAAUGAGGCAGAGUUUAAUCAGAGUAGACUUGAAUACCUUGCCAAAUUGAAGCGUCCCACAGUAGAAAUACCUGAAUUAGCAAAGGAGAAGAUUCUGACGCUUGCUGAUGUACAGGCUUCUGCUCUCAAACGUCAGCACCAAUGGAAACCUGCACCAGAAACCAAAGAAAAGGUGAUGAUUGAGGAACCAACUGAGGCUAGAAAAUCCUUCAGGACCUACCAGAUCUCUUACGAUGAUGAUUGGUUUGAUAAAUCCAGAUCAAGUUACAUGUCUGUAUUAGAUAAACCAGCCGUCACAGAAAUGUAUGAAGCACCAAAGAGAAAGGAGGACAUAUUUACUCUUGAUUCAGUGCACAAAUCCAUCAGAGAAAAGGAAAGAUCAAGGGCCGUCAGUGAGCCUCGAGCACAAUUUGAAACUAGUCCUAUUGCCAAACGCGUCAAGAAGAAAUUAACAAAACCAUCACUUGAUGACUCUUUGGAACAAGCUAGGAUCGCCAUGAAGGAGAGCAUUUCUAAAGUAGAAUCCAUUGGAACUCAUGCUGCCGUGAUUACCAAACGUGAGCCAGCUGUAUAUAGGGAUGUAGAAUAUGAGAAACCAAGAAAGGCUAAGGCAGUGGUCUAUGGACCAGAAGUGGAGACAAUAAAGGAAAGACCAGAAAAGGCCAAGAGGAUUGCAAUGAAUGAGGCAGAGUUUAAUCAGAGUAGACUUGAAUACCUUGCCAAAUUGAAGCGUCCCACAGUAGAAAUACCUGAAUUAGCAAAGGAGAAGAUUCUUACCCUAGCUGAUGUACAGGCUUCCGCUCUCAAACGUCAGCACCAAUGGAAACCUGCACCAGAAUCCAAAGAAAAGGUGGUUAUUGAGGAGCCAACUGAGGCUAGAAAAUCCUUCAGGACCUACCAAAUCUCUUACGAUGAUGAUUGGUUUGAUAAAUCCAGAUCAAGUUACAUGUCUGUAUUAGAUAAACCAGCCGUCACAGAAAUGUAUGAAGCACCAAAGAGAAAGGAGGACAUAUUUACUCUUGAAUCAGUGUACAAAUCCAUCAGAGAAAGAGAUGGAUCAAGGGCUGUUAGUGAGCCACCUGCUCAGUUUGCUUUUGUGCCAAAACGCGUAAAGCAUAAAUUGCCGAAAACCUCUGCCAUUGAUUCAUUAGAAGAGGCAAGGGUAGCCAUGAAAGACAGUAUUUCUAAGAUUGAUUCUAUUGGAACUCAUGCAGCUUCCAUUCCCAAACGAGAGCCUGUUAUAUAUAAGGAUGUUGAGUAUGUUAUUCCGAAACGUUCUAAACCUCCUUCUCAGCCAGAAGAGGUCGAAGAAAUUCCGAGGGCAAAAAUGGAAAAAGAAAAGAGAAAAGCCAUGAAUGAACAAGAAUUUAACCAGAUCAGGAAUAGUUACCUGUCAACUGCCGCCCCACGUAAGAUAGAAUUACCAGAUUUUAUCAAACCUAAGAUCCUCACUGUGGCAUCUGUUCAGGCAUCUGCAAUGGCAAAACAACAGAAGAAAGAAAUUCCUAAACCAACAUUGGUUAAAGAACCUGUCGAGAAAGCUGUGUCUAGGAAGACAUAUUCAGUUGUCAAUGACGAUGAUUGGUUCCAGAAAUCACGAUCUAAUUAUAUGCAAGUUCUCGAAAGGCCAGCUCAACAGGAGAUUGAUGUGCCUAAACCUGUGAUUCAAAUGCACACUUUGGACUCUGUUAAAGCUGAAUUGAAAUCUAAAACUCCCAGAGAAGCUUACAUAGCCCCUGUUCAAGAGGAACAUACCGUCCAAAAAGCACAAUCAAGAUUACGAUCCAAAAAGCUUGCAAAGCUGGAAAUGGCCUUUGAACAAGCCCAUCUAACAGCCAAACAAAGCAAUGCUUUAAUCUCUUCGACGGAGACUGUUUCCUCUGAGCCAUCCUAUAGUAGAUGGGAUCACUUGGCUGCAUUCAAUAAGUACAUUGAUGUGAAGGAAAGACAGCAGGUUGAAGAUAUCAACACAAAGGAUAUUUCAUUUACUAGCAGAGCAUUGAGUGAGCCUCCAAAGGUGAAACAAAUUAUCAAGAAACCUGUUGUUACGAUGGACGAAAAAACUUUCCACGAUUCAAGAUCAAAAUAUUUGGCUGCACUUGAGAAGAAAGGGGACCUGAGUUCCACAGAGUUCAAAAAAGAGAAAAUCCACACAUUAAAGUCUGUGAAAGCAGAGGCUGAUUUAAGAUCUCAGAGACUUGCACUUAAAGCCAAGGCAACUGUACCAGAUAAGGUUAAUGUCGAGUUGCAAGCAGGCAAAGUUCCAAAAAUGGCAUACAAACUUGCUUAUGACAACGAAUGGUUUGAAAAUUCCAGGGCAAGAUACCUUACAGCACUUGAGAGACCCACAGAGAUCGAUGAAGCUAUGGAAAGGUCAGUGGAUACUACAGGUCGCGGGGAUAGGAUCCACACAUUACAAUCGGUGAGAGCUGCUACUGACGCCAAACAAAAGAGUGUAAGUUUUGACAGCACACCAGAUACUGGUACUCCUAUUGCUGCAAAGAAUGUCCGAUCAAGGCAAAGAGCUAGAAAGCUUAACACUCUUGAAGACUCCUUUGCAAGAUCAGCUGCCGUGUUACGUCAGAGCCAGGACAUGAUUGAUGCUUUAUCUACUCGCGAGGUGCCUUAUAGUCGAUGGGAUCAAUACAGUGACAUCAAAUACGACAAACUCACUGAUGACAUACCUGUCAGUGAUCACUCUCUUCAGCUUGUCAGAUCAGCCAGUCAACCUCCUGUACUUGAUAACAUCAGUAAAUUUGACGAGGAAAUGGAAGAACGAAUGCGGAUUUCAUUGUCAAAACGGGACAGUGAAACGCAACGGCAGUAUGAACAAGAACAGCUUCAGGCUUAUCAACGAGAACAUGAUGCAUAUUUAUUAGGCAAAAAGAAAGAUGUUAUCAAUACAGUGGCAAGUGUCCGUGCUUCUGCUCAGGAACGUUUAGAGGCACGUAAAUCACUGGAAACUCAUCAGCGAAGAGCAAAAAGUGAGCCUCGUACAGAAAAAACAAGUGGGCGUAAAUCCUAUUUGGAGAUUAAUGACGAGGAAUUUGAAUCUUCCAGAGCAAACUAUAUGUCUGUCUUAGAUAGAACGUGUUAUUCAACCGAGACUGAAACAAAUGCAAGUCUACAAAGAGAUAACUGGUACACGCUCAAGUCAGUACAAGCAGCUCUGAAUACUAAGGAGAGAAGCAAGCAGAUUCCCUCUGCGCAGUACGCUAUUACUGAAACUGAAACCACACGUGCUGCUAAGGACUUCAGAGCGAGACUCCGAGCCAGACAGACUGCAACAGACGUUGCUACUACUCGUAUAACUGUAGAGGAACCACGCCCUACUUUUGACUCCCAUUAUAGCAGAUGGAAUCAUCUCGCUGCUUACACCAAAUACAGUGGUCUUAAAGACCAGCUGACUGAAACCAGUGACAAUUUGGAUAUAAGAUCAUUCAGGGCAUCGAGUGAACCCAAAGACAUUCCUGAUUUUAGCAAAUUUGAUCAGGAGAUUUCUGAGAGAUCCAAACGCACUUCUGCUAAGGCUCAAGAAGGUGUCUCCUUACAGGAAUCCAGGAAUAGAUAUCUCCUUACUUUACAACAGCAGGAAGAUCUACAUAAGUCAAGGUAUGAUCUUAGGAAAGAUAUAAAAACAGUGGAAGCUGUGAAAGCAGCAGCUCUUGAGAAACUUGAGGAAGAGAGGGUGAGAGAAUUGCGAGCAUCGCGUGCUUUAAGUGAACCAAGAGCUGAGGUACGACCUCGGAGAAGCUACAAACUGGACAUAGAUGAUCAAUCUUUUGAACAAUCAAGAGCCAACUACAUGUCUGCAUUGUAUAGAACUGACUAUACAACAGAUACAGAGACAGUCGCCAGUCAGAGAAAAGCCAAUUGGUAUACACUGAAGUCUGUAAAAGCAGAGUUGGACACCAAACAGCGAGAUGCCAAAUUAGCAACAGAACCGUACAUUAUUGGUGAAACAGAAACAACGCUUGCUGCAAAAGAUUUCCGUGCCAGACUGCGUGCAAGGCAGGCUGCAUUGGAUGCUUCAGUUGUUACAACUCCCACGACUUUUUCUGCACCAAAAACUGCUUAUGAUUCCGACUACAGUAGAUGGGAUCAUCUGGCUGCAUACACAAAAUUCAGUGGCCUCAAAGAUCAGCUGAGUGACACAGGUGAUGUCUAUGAUGUUAGAUCUUUAAGAUCACUUAGUGAAACAAGGGAAAUUCCUGAUUAUAGCAAAUUUGACAGAGAGAUGGAGGAAAGAGGCAAGCGCACAUCAGCCAAAGCUCAAGAGGAUAUGUCUUUACAGAAAACAACAAACCAAUAUCUCCAAACUUUAAAACAGCAGGAAGACAUAUAUAAAUCUAGGUAUGACAUUAGCAGAAGAACGAAGGAUAUCAAGACAGUAGAAGCCGUGAGAGCAGCAGCUCUUGAGAAACUUGAGGAGGAAAGAAUGAGAGAACUCCGAGCAACACGUGCUUUAAGUGAACCAAGAGCUGAGGUACGACCUCGGAGAAGCUACAAACUGGACAUAGAUGAUCAAUCUUUUGAACAAUCAAGAGCCAACUACAUGUCUGCAUUGUAUAGAACUGACUAUACAACAGAUACAGAGACAGUCGCCAGUCAGAGAAAAGCCAAUUGGUAUACACUAAAGUCUGUAAAAGCAGAGUUGGACACCAAACAGCGAGAUGCCAAAUUAGCAACAGAACCGUACGUUAUUGGUGAAACAGAAACAACGCUUGCUGCAAAAGAUUUCCGUGCCAGACUGCGUGCAAGGCAGGCUGCAUUGGAUGCUUCAGUUGUUACAACUCCCACGACUUUUUCUGCACCAAAAACUGCUUAUGAUUCCGACUACAGUAGAUGGGAUCAUCUGGCUGCAUACACAAAAUUCAGUGGCCUCAAAGAUCAUGCUGAGUGACACAGGUGAUGUCUAUGAUGUUAGAUCUUUAAGAUCACUUAGUGAAACAAGGGAAAUUCCUGAUUAUAGCAAAUUUGACAGAGAGAUGGAGGAAAGAGGCAAGCGCACAUCAGCCAAAGCUCAAGAGGAUAUGUCUUUACAGAAAACAACA